GCGAGAGGGUGUCCUUAAGGGAGGUCAGUGGACGUUCGUGCAAGCUCCCGUUCUUGGUGACGAUGAAGACGAAAAAGAACCCGCGGUGGAAGCUCGGGUUCAUGGCGAUGAGAAAGGCGGAGAACCCGACUAUCGGCAUCCAGACGGAUCCACAGCGGAAAAAUGGUGAUUCGUCGCCCACCCGUUGCGGUGAAGAACAGGGUGGUCAAGCGUCUGUCCUAAGCACCGCUCGGGGAGUGGUGCUUCAUGAAGCCAUAGAGUUGGAUGAUGACUCGGCUGCCACCGAGCUGGUUAGCGACUCAGGCGUGGCCGAGAUGCAGAACGUCGAAUCCUCCGUGGAAGGCGGUGAGGUGGCUGUCAGCAUCAAGAUGGAUCGAGAGCGGAAAUAUCAUGAUUCUCCGUCCACCCGUUGCGGUGCUGAACAGGGUGAUCGAGCAUCUGUCCUCAGUACCGGUCGGGAAAUGGUGCUUCAUGAAGCCAUCGACUUGCCAAGCGACUCAGCUGCCACCGAGUUGGUUAGCGACACAGCCGUGGCCGAGGUGCAGAACCUCGAAUCGUCCGUGGACGUUGGCGCAGUGGCUCGACAGGAGGGCGAGUUCCCUCAAAAGGCUCCUGAGCACGGUAAGAUUUGUGAAUAGGAACACUCGCAUACCUGUCACUAGCCAGCUCUGUGUUCGUCCAAAUUGAUGUCAUGGGCUAAUGUACCUUUUACCAC